AUGCCCGAGACCCCCCUGUAAGUCAUUCAGCUGCCAGGAGUUAAUCAGGAUGAUGACUGGCUUGAGCAGAAGCGUGGUGGUGAUAGUGGUGGUGGCGGUGAUGGCGGGGACUCUGGCGAGGGCCCAUCCCCCCACUAGGAAGCUUGAGGCCUUGGCAGAUAUGAUCAAGAUGGAGAAGGCGAUGGCGGAGGAGAGGUCCACUCACUGGGGCGUCAAUCUGACCACGACGGAGAUCAUCGAGGCCUUCGGCUACCCCACCGAGAUCCACCACGUGACCACGCCGGAUGGCUACAUCCUGGAGCUGCACCGCGUCCCUCACGGCAUCGCCGGCAGCAGCGAUGACCGGCCCGUGGCGCUCCUGCAGCACUGCCUCCUCUGCUCCUCGGCUGACUACGUCAUGAACACGCCGGACCAGGCUCUAGCGUACGUGCUAGCGGACGCGGGCUACGACGUGUGGAUGCCGAACUUCCGCGGCAACACCUACUCAAGGGCCCACGUUGAGCUGGAUCCCGAGAUCGUUGACUUCUGGAGGUUCAGCUGGGACGAGAUGGCGAAGUACGACGUGCCUAGCAGCAUUGACUACAUCCUAGCCACGACAGGGCGGGAGGACCUCUACUACGUGGGCUGGAGCAUGGGCACUACCACCUUCUGGGCCAUGAUGGACGAGAGGCCAGAGUACAACAGCAAGGUGCGGGCAAUGGCAGGCUUGGCGCCCGUGGCAUACAUGAACUACGCCCAGGGCCCCAUCAUCGAGCUGGCGCCCGCUUCAGGUGACAUUGACACCAUCCUGACCCUACUGGGCGUGGGCGAGCUCUUCCCCAGCGGUGAGUACAUGGACUACCUCGCAGAGAACUUCUGUGAUAGCAACUCUACCUACGCCGAGACCUGCUAUAACUUCCUCUUCCUUAUCGCCGGACCCGACUCGGAGGAGCUGAACGAAGAGUUCCUGCCUGUCAUCCUCGCCCACACCCCCGCCGGCGCCUCCGUCCACACCGUCAACCACUACGCCCAGACAGUCAUGUCGGGUAAUUUCCAGAAGUACGACUACGGCUUAAUCGGUAACAUGAACCACUACGGCCAGUCUACGCCGCCGCUCUACAACCUGAGCGCCGUCACCGCCCCCGUCGGCCUCUUCUGGGGACAGACCGACUGGCUGGCCACGCCUGAGGACGUGGCUCGCCUCGCCGCGGAACUUCCCAACGUGGAGCUCAACUACAGGAUUGACAAGGACCAGUUCAAUCACCUCGACUUUGGAUGGUGCAUCCAUACCUACGAAUACGUCAACAAACACGUGCUUGAGUUCCUCGCAGCUCACUGAGGCGCCGCUGUGGUGGCUUCCAGUAUCAAAAUGAAUAAAAUAUCUCGUCCUUAUGCUGUUCAAGUCCCUAAUAGAAGAAUUUAUCAGUAUUAAUCUUCAUUAUUUCGUUCUUUUCACUGGUAAGAACUGGAAAAAAAACUCCCUUUAACAGUCUUUCCUCCCGCCUACGACAAACACGAGUUACAAGACACAUCUGGAAGUAAAUUUUAUGUUUUU